AUGGAGAUAACCAUCAAUGCCAUCAAAAGGCAUCUUCGGCCAGCACCAUUUGAGCCAAGCGAGACCCAAUUUCCUGGCACCGAGAUUGAAAAGGGUGCCGUGGGACAGGUAGUCGAGGCGGAAGCUGGUGUCUCCGGUAUCGAGGCGGCCACUGCUGUAUGGGGAAAGAAAGGAAGAUGGCUUGUCAUAGUCGGAUUGGCGAUGAUUAUGGUGAUUUACGAGCUGGAUAACUCCACUGUAUAUGUCUACAACAACUACUCCACAUCAUCAUUCGAUGCACUUUCAAAGCUAGCAACACUAAGCACGGCUGGCGCUGUCCUUUUUGCUGUGAUAAAACCACCAAUAGCAAAAGUAUCCAACGUCAUGGGCCGUGGUGAAACUUAUAUGAUGACAAUCAGUCUAUAUGUGCUAUCUUACAUCCUGAUGGCAUCGGCCAAGACACUCAACACAUAUGCUGCGGGAUACGUUCUAUACGUUAUGGGGCAGUCAGGAACUAACAUCAUGAACGACAUCGUCAUUUCGGAUAUAAGCAACGCGCGCUGGCGUGGUUUUGCUAUUGGCAUUUCUUUUACCCCCUUCCUUGUCACGCCUUGGGUGUCUGGCUUCAUUGUUGACAGUGUCGUGGACGGGAUCGGCUGGCGGUGGGGAAUCGGCAUGUUUGCCAUCCUCAUGCCAUUCGGCGCCAGCUUCAUCAUCUCAACACUCCUAUACUACCAGAUUCGUGCCAAGAAAAUGGGUCUGGUCCUCCGUCAGAGAAUGACAGUUUAUGAUUUCUGCUCGCAGAUUGACUUGGGCGGCGUCAUCCUCUUUAGUGGUGGCUUUGCAUUGAUCUUGGUGCCACUGACACUGGCCGCAACAACGACCAGUCAAUGGAAGACGCCAUAUCUUGAUGCGCUGAUCGCUGUGGGGGCUGUCAUGCUUAUUGUCUUUCCAUUCUACGAGAGUCUGGUAUCCCGCUACCCGUUCAUGCCGCCCUCAUACUUCAAAAACCCGACCAUCAGCCUUUGCUUGUUCCUUAUCGCAACGGACUCGAUUGGCUUCGCAUGCACUCACACGUAUUUAUACACAUGGGCCACAGUGGCCCGCAACUUCUCGGCCCGCAACGCGACAUUCUACAACUCGACCAAUGGCGUCAUGCAGUGCCUUUCAGGUAUUAUUGCGGGUGCAUUGAUGCUGUGGACACGGCGAUACAAGUGGUUGAUUGUGGUUGGUGCAGUGGUCCGUCUAAUUGGUUACGGCGUCAUGAUCCGACUUAGGGGAGCAUCGAACUCCACGUUCGAGCUCUUUUUUGUGCAAAUAAUACAGGGCAUUGGAUCGGGUAUCAUGCAGACUAACUUGUUAGUGCCGGCACAGAUAUCCGUACCUCACGGUCAAAUGCCACAGAUAACAGCAUUGGUGGUCUGCUUUUCAUUCUUGGGCUCGAGCGUGGGUGCUUGCAUUGCUGGCGGUAUAUACACCAAUACUAUUGGAGAGGCCUUGAAGAACCGGCUUGGCAAUAAGGCAACCGCUGCGCUGAUACAGACUCUGUCUAACUCCAUUACUGGAGUCGCCCCAACUUGGGGCUCACCAGAGCGCAUUGCCGUCAAUCUGGCUUUCUCCGAUGUGUUGAGAUAUAUGACAUACACUGCACUGGCAGCCUCCGUGCCAGCGCUUGUCCUGGUCUGGUUCAUGCCAAAUCACAAGCUCCCCGACCGUAACAAUUUGGUUGAGGAGUGA